AUGUUCCAGUUUCUGUUGUUGCUGCCGCUGAGCAGCGACACCCUGUUCCGAGCCGGCAAGCUCACCUUCGACGGCGACGUCAGCAUCCUUGCCGACCCCAGCUGGAACGGCGUCAACCCGGACGUGGUGGCGUUCCUCGAGCCCCACUUGCCCCAUAUCAGCGCCAUCGUCCUCAGCCACUCGACCCCAGAAUCUGUCAGUGGCUACGUUUUGCUAUGUAUCAAGUUCCCCCAGUUGAUGCAACAGAUCCCCGUCUACUCGACGCUUCCGGUGAACCAGCUAGGGCGUAUUGCCACCGUCGAGUUCUACCGCGCCCGAGGCGUGCUAGGCCCCCUCCCCUCGGCCCUCGUGGAGUUGGACGAAGUCGACGAGUGGUGGGACCGUGUAACUCCGUUGAAAUACUUACAGCUGACCCACUUGCUGGAGGCUAAGCUCACGCUCACCCCGUUUAACGCCGGCCAUCUGUUGGGGGGUACGUUCUGGGUGGUGACUAAGCGCCAGGAAAAGAUCAUCUACGCCCCGAAAUGGAACCACUCCAAGGACAGCUUUCUCAACAGUGCCCUGUGGGUGCUGGCGCUGACGGGGAACCCGCUCGCCCAGCUUUUACGCCCCACCGCCAUCAUCACCUCGACCGAUGUCGGGCUGGCUACGGCUCACAAAAAGCGGACCGAUAAGUUCUUGGCGCUCGUUGAUGCCACCAUCGCCAACGGUGGGGCGGUGGUGCUUCCCUGUACGCUUCUGGGUCGGUUUUUGGAGAUUUUCCAUCUUGUCGAUGCUCACCUCCAGGACGCCCCCGUCCCCGUCCCCGUGUAUUUCCUCCUGUACCUGGGUACGCGAGUACUUCUGUACGCUCUGAACUUACUUGAUUGGAUGGCGCCGUCGUUAUUGAAGCAAUGGCAGGACGUGGCGACGAUGGAGGGCGGUCUGAACCGGGUGCCGUUUGAUCCGCUGAAGGUCGACUUGCUACCCGACCCUAAAGACUUACAACGCCACCUGGGCCCCAAGAUCGUGUUCUGCAGCGGUAACGACAUCGCCAACGGCGACCUUUCCGCAGAGGCGUUCCGCUAUCUUGCCGGCAACGAAAAGACCACCAUCAUCCUCACCGAGCGCAGCGCCAACGACGACGUGCUGAGGAUGCUCUACGAGCAGUGGGUGACGCUUGCCACUCAGCUAAACAACGGUGUCGUCGACGACGGCGUCGUUGUCCCGUUUGAAAAAGUAUUAUCUACUGAUCAAUGGACCACUGAAGAACCGUUACUGGGCACCGACUUGACCCGAUACCAAGGGAAAGUGCACGCCCACCGCAAACAGCGGAUGGAGGCGAAGGUGAGAGACCGCAAAAACAAGAAUUUGUUGGAAGGGGACAUGGACGACGACGAGGACUCGCUGGAGGAAGAGGCGGAGUUGAUGGACGGGCUUUCCGAUGAAGAGGCCGCCGCCGAAGCCGAGCCGGCACUGAAGGACGCAAACGGCGACGCCCUGGUGGCGACGGAGUUGGCGUCGCACGAGGCGUUUGUUACCGACCACAUCAAGCAGGCGGUGGAUCAAGGAAGAGCGCUUGACUUAAAGGUAACGGCUAAGCUCAAGCCGAGACAGGCGAUGUUCCCCUAUAUUGUCCCCAAGAAGAAGUACGACGACUACGGGGCGAUCAUCGAUAUCCGCCAGUUCCAAAAGCAGGAAGACAAUCUGCAACUGCAAAUCAUCAACGAGGGAAAGCGACGGUUUGAAGAGGAAAGAGGUAGUGGGAGAGGCAAAGGGCGCCACCAGCGGCGCAACGAGCGUGACCGGUUGAGUCCUCAGGAACAACUUAACCAGCAAAUCAUCAAACGGUACUUGGACGCGUUAGCCGAGCCACAACAACGAGUGCCUUUAGGGCAAGUGACCCUGGCGAACCGCCAGCUCCGCGUGCGGUGUGGGUUGCUGUACGUCGAUUUGCUGGGCACCACUGACUUGCGGCUGUUGCUGGCGAUUGUGGCGCUGUUGAAGCCUUAUAACGUCAUUCUUUUACCUGAUACCACUCUGGCUGACCAUCAAGGGCUCAAAGACGUCGACGCUGCAUUCAAAAAGCUCUUGGAAACCAAUACUACUGAACAGGAUAGCAGCGAGCCCGAUACCUUGGGGCUGCGGCUUUUGUCGCUCGCCGCGAUCAGACUGAGCCUGGGCCUCUCGCUGACCGCCGCCACCAGCCAGGCCCGCAUGCUGGUGAAUGCGGUGAUGCCCACCGAGACCAUCACGUUGGGGUCGGGCGACGAUAAAGGGAUCAGCGUCGGCCAACUCGAGUUGAAGCUCGACGAAGAGCUCGUGGCGUCGUUAAAAUGGCAAAACAUUGACGGCCUGUACCGCGUGGCCCCGGUGGUGGGGGAGUUGGAGCUUGUGUCCACUAAUAAGCGGCCAGCCCAAAUCGGCGAUGUGGUCAACGCCCAGACCCAGUUUACCCUCAAACGGUUGAAAGCAGACGACGCCGCUGCUAAAGUACUGCUGCGUCCCGCGCAAUUGGGCGGGCCUCGUCUUGCCAUCGGUAACGUGCUGUUGCCGGAGCUUAAGAAGAAGUUGAUUAAUCGCAACUUAAAGGCCGAGUUCAAGCUGGAAGGGACAUUGGUGGUCAACGACACCAUCGCCGUGCGCAAAGUGGCGUACUCUAACAGUGACAGCGACAAUACCGGCGACAUCGUCAUCGACGGCUCUAUGGGCCCGCUCUACUAUGAGGUGAAGGAGUGUAUUCGCGACUCUCUUGCCUACGUCUAA